UUCACAGUGCGGACCCGAAAGCGAAGAAGACUAGCGCCUUGAAGUGCGCCUGCGCGGAAAUGGAAGGAGCCUUCUCCCGGCCUCACCCAUAAAGGGAAGCACGCAUGCGCAGCUGUUGGAGAGGGUUUUCAGCGUAGGGGGGUUUGCCUCGGUCUGAGAAUGAACAAGCAGAAGAAGGCAGCAUACGCUGAGCAGACCACAACCCUUGACAAGUUUGGCUCUGAUAUCAUUGCUGAAAUUGAGAAGCUCUUUGGGAAGAAGUUCUCGUACACCAAACCACCCAACAAGGAAUGGCAGCUGCCAGAUCCUAACCAGGCUUUUAGCUGCGAUCACAAAGAGUUCAGUUCCCUUGCCUCCUUGAAGGAUUCCCUGAAUGAAGUCAAGAACCAGCUGGGCGACAAGAAAUUAGAUGAGUGGCACCAGCACACGUCCUUCACCAACAAAGCAGGGAAGAUCAUUUCUCGCAUCAAGCAAGCCGUAAAUGCUGAGUUGUGUACCCAAGCUUGGUGCAAAUUCCAUGAGAUCCUGGGCAGCUUCCCUCUCCUCCCAACUGAUGCUCUUCAAAAUGGGGAACUCAACUCCGUCCAUCUCUGUGAGGCUCCUGGUGCCUUCAUAGCCAGCCUCAACCAUUACCUCAAGUCUCACCGCAUCCCUUGCGACUGGAAUUGGGUAGCUAAUACCUUGAACCCGUACCAUGAAGCAAAUGAUACCCUUAUGAUGAUUAUGGAUGACAGGCUUAUCGCAAACACUCUGCCCUGGUGGUAUUUUGGCCCUGAGAACACAGGGGAUGUGAUGACGCUCAAACACCUCACGGGACUUCAGCAGUUCAUCAGCAACAUGGCCACCGUUCACCUGGUCACAUCCGACGGGAGCUUUGAUUGCCAAGGAAAUCCAGGCGAGCAAGAAGCCCUGGUUUCCUCUUUGCAUUACUGCGAAACGGUCACUGCUUUAAUGACCCUUGGCCUCGGGGGCUCCUUCGUUCUGAAGAUGUUCACUCUGUUUGAACAUGGUUCCGUUAACUUGCUAUAUCUGCUGAAUUGCUCUUUCGAAGAGGUUCAUGUGUUUAAACCAGCCACUAGUAAAGCUGGGAACUCUGAGGUAUAUGUGGUCUGCCUUCACUAUUUAGGCAGGGAGGCCAUUCACUUGCUCUUGUCCAAGAUGAUGCAGAGCUUUGGGGCGGAAAUGGUCGAGAAGGCCCUCUUCCCCCAACACUCCAUUCCGGAAUCUUUCCUUAAAGUCCACGAAGAGUGCUGUUCGUUCUUCCACAGGCACCAAAUCGAGACCAUUGCUGAGAACCUCCGACUCUUUGAGAGCAUGAGCGAGGUGGAGCAGGCGAAGCUGAACGCUUUACGGGAUUGCGCCGUCGAGUUCUUCUUGAAGCGGUUCCAGAUGAAGCCUAUCGCCAGAAAUAACUGGCUUGUGAAGAAGCCCCGUGCGGGCUGUAGCAUGAACUCCAAAUGGUGUGGGCAGAGGAACAAAUACUUUUGCACGUACAAUGAGAGGAAGAUUCUGGAGUCUCUGACAUGGGAGGAGAAAGUGGCCAAGGGCUGUCUUAAUCAAUGGGCUGAAGAACAUUCCCUCGGUAACAUCGGGAAAAUUUGCAUCUUGGAAGGGGCUUCUUGUAGCCUGGAGUGUCAGUUAUGGUACAUCUUGGAGGGGCGGAGGUUGCCAAGAGUGAAGUGUUCUCCCUUCUGUGAUGGUGAGGUCCUGAAGAGCCUCAAUGAAGCUCUUGAGAAAUCUUUCGUUGGCAGGGCAAGCGUUGGCGCCCUCAGAAGCCUGGCACAGCAAGAGUGCCAAUCUUGCAAUGUUAUUACGGAGUCGCUAAUAUUGUCUGAAUUGUCUGAACUUAUGGAGGUUCCAAAUGAAGGUUGCAUUGGCCAAAGAAAGUGCUUGGCUGUAGGCUUCCCAUUGCUUUGUGAUGCCAACAGCCCAUCUGGCUGGGAAGUUAAACUCCUGGAGUCUGCAUCACUCUCAACUUUCGGCUGUUCGUUGCUUCAUGACGGGGAACCAACAUACCAGCAGCAGCUCCUGGAGUGCCUUUUGCGUUUGUUCCCAGAGCUUCAGGAAGGGGAUGCUUUGCUCCUGCCCAUUCUUUCUUCUUUUACACGCUUCACUGCUGGCUUAGUCUUCAUACUGCACAGUUGUUUCCAGCACAUCUCAUUUGCUUGCCCAACCUCAUCUCAUCUCGGCGGGGCCAGCGCUGUACUGCUUUGUGCUGGCUACCAAGGUCUUCCGGAUCCAGUUUUCCAAUACCUGCAGCAGCUGAAGAAGCUUGUGGCUACGCUGCUUGACUCGGACUCCCCGCAGCAAGUCUUGCAGUUUGUGCCUAUGGAAAACCUUCUAAAGGGGCAGCUGCUGGAGUUUCUGUGGGACCUAAAUACCGCCAUUGCAAAGAGACAGCUGCAUUUGAUUGUCCAAAUUGAGCAACAGCAAAUGACAUGACUUUUUGUUCAAAGCAGCAGGUUGCCACCCUCGUUUUCACUUAGCUGCUGGGGGGAAAAAUUCUUUCUUUUUAAACCAUAAGGAACCCUUUUUUAAUAUAUGGUAUUUUGAGACAAUAAGUCCUCCUCUGCUGUCCUUUGUACUUUACUAUCCUGCUGAUUUAUUCUCUGUUUAUAUACAACCUGUGAGGCCCUGGGGAAAUUUUCUUAUACAGGAGCCACAGUUAUAAUGGAAAAAAGAGUCCUUUUCUAUGCCUAACUGACUUAUAAGUUGAGACCAAAUCUGCCUAGCUUAGUGCUUCUUCAGAAAUGGCACUGGCUUCCAUUAAAGGUGCCUUCAGGUGAAUAGGAGCAGUACAUAGCUGGAAAGUAUAUGCUCAUUGUGUGGCUGCAUGCACAGAGCUAAUCACCAACUGUCUUUCCCAACUGAUCAUUGCCCUUUGUGGAGAGCAGCAAUAAUAAUAAUGACCCAUUUGACAGGGUUGCCCCACCUGAUAUCACUUGAUAAAGACCCCUACCUGCUUGGCUGGUUCAUGCAUCUGACUCUCUGGCUGCAUAUGGAUAGGUGCUUCUAUGGUGGUAUUAGAAAUUAAAGGCAUUCCUUCCACUAAACUCACCUGGGUUUUGUAUUAUGUGCUUCAAACACUCCCCUUUUAACUGUGAACCUAAUUGUGCCCUUUCAGUGCUGUUGAGUGCUUCAGCAUAUGUGAUCUUACGAUAAAACAUUUACCCACUUUUCCAGUUCUGCAAGGCCUUUCCACUCCCGUCCUGGAUUACCCUUCUGCGUUUCUCUAAGAACAGGUCAUAGCAGGGACAGAACUCAGGUGAAUGUGCAGGAAGAGCUUCUGUUAUGAACAUAAAAGCCACAAGAUUGAGUCAUCAGGAAAGUCCCUAUAGACCAGGCAUGUCAAACUUGCGGCCCUCCAGAUGUUUUGGACUACAAUUCCCAUAUUCCCCAACCACUGGUCCUGCUAGCUAGGGAUCAUGGGAGUUGUAGGCCAAAAUAUCUGGAGGGCUGCAUGUUUGACAUGCCUGCUGUAGACUCUUACUGUCUGUCAAACAAAGGCGGGUCGGGUCCCCUUUGCAAUGCAAGAUAAAUAGAAUUCUGGCAUUGUUUUGGUUUGGGAACUGCCUGUUUAAUGUGGGAUAGUGUGAAUCGUGUAGCAUUUUUUCAUUUUUCAUGGUUUCCGUUCACCCUUUCCUCAUUCGGGCGCAAUGAGUGUGUCGUGAUGGCUCAGAGAUGCAGGAUUGGAUCCUAACCACGCUGUGAGCAGCUGGUCUGGAAGAACAUUGCGAGCAAGGGGCUGUUCAGGCGGUGUUAGCAUGUGAAUAACAAGCAGCUAUUGAGUAUCUGUCAACCAGCAAGCGCAUUCAGCUGGCUGAAACUCCCAGUGCUGUUAUGGAAGCUGCAUGCAGCCUUUCCACCUGAGAAGUUGUAUCUUCUGCACACCUGCCAAACAAAGACCUUGAACUAGCAUCCCCUGGGAGGUUCUCCUCUGCAAGCCCAACCAGAGCAGACGGGAGCUGUAUGGCUCUGCUUCACUACGAGCUGUGUGGCUCUGCUUCACUACGAGGCUAGGCCAUCACUUCCUAGUACCAACUGUACUCCUAAUGUGCCUGUGCCUUGAGCUAACGUCCGUAUCCAACCCUGCCAUUGUGCAAUGAGGACAGGCCUCCUGCUUGUGCAACAGGACUUCCCCUUCCUUUUAUCCUCCUUGCAGCCUCCCACAUGCCCCCAAAAUCUGCUCUAGAGGGUUGGGAGACCCUCCAGAGCAGAUUUUGGGAGUGCCGGCUGCAGGGUGAAGAAGAGGAACACUCUGCAUGGGCAGUGUUGGGUGAAUCAUGGUUGUAGAGGGAAAGCGAAGGUGUGCAGUUUCACCACCGUAAAAUGCAUCCUCUCCCUGCCAAGUGAGACUUCUUUUCCUUUUUGCAAUAACUAAGGUUUUGAGCCUUCUGCUUCUUGCCAGACAUCUUCUGAGACUUCCCUCAUUUUCCAGAUCAGAAUUUUUAUUCCUUUUCACCUGUAAGUUCAAUGUAGUGUAUUUUGAGGGAACUGGGUGUUUCCAGAUGUGCUUGGUAAGCUGGAUUUGGUUUUAAAAAAUACCUCCAGAUGUUGUUUUUCCCUUGAUUUUUUUUAUUUUAAAAAUUCUUUAUUUCUUUUAAGCUGUCAAGAGGGCGGUUGACAUUGUUUUGAAACAAAUGGUUGGAGCCUCAUGUUGCUACUUUGAUUUGGCUACUCUUAUUUCUGUUUUGAGCCUUGUAAAUUAUGAACAGCAAAAAAAAAAGUUGGAUCUAGAGGAAACUAAGAAAAAAUGAUUUUGAAAAUACAAUUUUUCUUUUCUGUCUUGUGUGUGAUUCUUCUUGAAGCGUAUACUUUAAAAAAAUCUAGUUGUGGCUGUGAAGAAACACCACACAGGUUUGAAAAUGCAAAAAAAAAAUGUAAUAGAAACUUCAAAAUAACUUAAGGUUUUUGUGGGGUUUUACUCAUUAUAAACAUUUUGCUUCCAGUUAGUUUUAGCCUUUAAUGUUAACUCUAUCUGAGAAUAAUGCUUUCUGCUGACCCAGUUAAUAUUUUUGCUGUGCUCAAACUGGUGUCCACAUCAGGCAAUACUGAUGGACUUCUUAAAUUCAGUUCUUCACAUUUUCCAUUGCAAUCUGAGAUACAUAUUUUUAAAAUCCUCAUUAGAAUUUGUAGACAUUUGGUGUGAAUUUCUCCAGACAGAAACACCUUUGUGUGCAGUUUUGACUAAUGUGCACAUUAGGAGAGGGUCCCUCUUUUUUUCUUCUUCCUUUAUUCUCACGACAAGCUGUGAAGGAAGCUAGGCUAAAAAUAAUAAUUGUCCUACAUUAAAGGAAUGUGCUUGAGGCCUGCGUGGAGUUUUGCUUGUAUCCUUCCUUUUGUCCAUUGUGGAACUCAAAGCAGAAUGUUUGUGGUUCCAUUUUGGCUAUGUAAGGCAGUGUUUCCCAACCUUGUGCCUCCAGAUGUUUUCGGACUACAAUUCCCAUCAUUCCUGACCACUGGUCUUGCUAA